AUGUCCCCCCCAGCGUCGGCGGCGACUGCCAGCGAGAGCAGCACCACCACUGUUUUCGAGGAUGAGGCGGACACCCCCAGAGAGGAGCAAAGGCCCCUGAAGCAGUCUCUGAGUAAGUCUCUGUGUCGGGAGGCCUUCUGGAAAUGCCUGAUACUCUCCAUGCUCAUGUACGGCUGCAUGGGCGCCAUGGUCUGGUGCCACGUCACCAAGGUCACCCGUCUGACCUUCGACAGUGCCUUCAAAGGGAAGUCUAUGAUGUACCAUGACAGCCCGUGCUCUGACGGUUACAUCUACAUCCCGCUGGCCUUCCUCCUGAUGCUCUACGUGGUCUACCUGGUGGAGUGCUGGCACUGCCACGCCCGCAAUGAAAUGCAGUACAAGGUGGACGUGGAGGGUGUUUAUGAGCGCGUGCAGCGCAUGCAGCAGGCUAAGCCCUGCAUCUGGUGGAAGGCCAUCAGCUACCACUACGUGCGGCGCACACGACAGGUGACGCGCUACCGCAAUGGGGAUGCCUACACCACCACGCAGGUGUACCACGAGCGUGUCAACACGCACGUGGCCGAGGCUGAGUUUGACUAUGGCCACUGUGGCGUGAAGGACAUCUCCAAGCAGCUGCAGGGCCUGGAGAAGGCUGCCCUCACCAAGCUGCGCUUCACCAAGUGCUUCAGCUUUGCCAAUGUGGAGUCGGAGAACUCCUACCUGACUCAGCGUGCGCGUUUCUUCACGGAUAACGAGGGGCUUGAUGACUACAUGGAGGCUCGCGAGGGCAUGCACCUGAAGAACGUGGACUUCAAGGAGUUUGUCAUGGCCUUCUCGGACCCCGACCACCACCCCUGGUACGUGUCCAACUACGUCUUCUGGACGGCGGCCUUCCUGACGUUCUCCUGGCCGCUGCGCGUGCUGACGGAGUACCGCACGGCGUACGCCCACUUCCGCGUGGAGAAGCUGUUCGGCGCCGACUACCUGCCCGUCACGCCGUGUGAGGACAGAGGGCCGCCGUACUGCGCCGCGCGGCGCAUCCCGCGCGUCAACACCAUCGACAGCACAGAGCUGGAGUGGCACAUCCGCUCCAACCAGCAGCUGGUGCCCAGUUACUCCGAGGCCGGCCUCAUGGACCUGGCGCAGCGGGCGGCCGCGGUGGCCGUCUCGGGCGGUGGCGGCGGCGGCAGUUUUGGGCGGCAGAACUGCGAGCGCUGCCACCGCGCCAUCAGCAGCUCCUCUGUGUUCUCGCGCAGCGCGCUCAGCAUCUGCAACGGCGGCAGCCCCCGCUUGCCGUUCAGCGGGAGCCGCUUCUCUCUCGGACGGCUGUACGGCUCGCGGCGCAGCUGCCUGUGGAGGAGCGGCAGCGGCAGCCUGGACGAUCAGGAGAGCCCCAGCGAGAACACACGCUGCCUGGCCAGCUCCAGCUCCGGCUCGCGGCAGCAUCGCAUGGUCCGCGGCGAGGAUGAGGACGAGCACGACGACCCCCCACCUUACCAGGACGCCCUCUACUUCCCAGUGCUCAUUGUGCACUGCAGUGAGAGCUGCUCCAACCACGGGUCUUUCCACCGCAACAGCUCCUGCGUGGAGACGUCACUCUGA